ACCCUUACAAAUCUUGAAUCAAUAUGCGAAAUUUAUUUAUUUAUUAUUUCGAUUUCAAUUACGAAUAAAUUAGAUAGCGAAUAGUUUGAAGUGACGUCAUAAUUUAUAUAUAUUGCAAAUGACAUCAUCGAUGUUCACGUCAUACUAUACAUGUAAUCAUAACAAACAGGCUAGACAAUUUUCUUUGAGAACUUGUAAAUGUUUACUUUAUUUCGCCGGAUUAUUAUUUAAUAAGUGAACAAAUUGUUUCGUUUAAAAAAUAAGACGCAUGUUUGUGUAGCUUGUGUUUGAUUGCCGAUUUGACUUUUCUUUGAUUGAAAUUAUCGUGAACUUUUGAAUUUUUGAAUUUGACAAUUCAAGACAAAAAUUGCAGUAAAGUUUAGUUUAUGUGAUUCUAAGCGGAUUUUUGUAUCGAUGUUUAAAUUAAAGGUAUCACAUGUUUAUACUGGACGAACAUACAUUUAUCAGGUACAGAUUUCAUCAACGACUGUAAAGACGUUUAUCACCAAAAGCCGGUUCUUAAAUCACAAUACUAUGACCUACUAUUAAACAGUUACAUGAGAGCCGGAAGUUCUUUUGCUGGUAUGGUUUUCGGAUAUAGAGCAGAUUCGUUUUAUGUAUACGAACCCUUAUGGAAACUCUCACAGUGGACUUAUUGGCAUGGCAACAGGAUGGUAUGUAGAGCUGAUCGUCUAGAGUGCAGAAAUGUGGAGCCAGGGGAGAUAUAUCAAGACAAGGCAUCUGCUGACCUAAAGCGACCUCCUUGUUCUCUGGUGAUAGCUAAAAGUGUCUUACACAAAACCUACGAUUGUCAGUUCCGAGACUAUGAACGCAUAAUUGUUGAAUCUUUAGUUACACCCAAAUCAGGUCCAAGCUGGAACAAAAUGAGGGAGUGUUCGAAACACAAGAGCUUUUUCCACUAUUUUCAGACAUGCUUUCAACGACACAUACCGAAAUCGUGUAAAGAUUCUAAACAUAAAGUCACAAAAGUAUUACGACUUACAACAGAUCUAUUGACGCCUGUUCUGCAAUCACGUGCCAAUCUGAAGGCCAUUCAUCUUUUCAGAGAUCCACGUGCCAUCAUUAAUUCUAGAAUUGAGACCGAUUGGUACCCUUCAAACACGACCAAGUCGGGGAUAGAAAAUGCUGAAUCUUUGUGCAAUAAAAUGCUUUACGAUUUUCGCGAAGGUCAAAAAGUUCAACAAUUAUUCCCAGAUAGAUUCAGAUUUAUUUAUUUCGAAGAUUUUAGCGUUGAUAUUUUAAACAGGUCUAAAAUAUUAUAUAAAUAUUUAGGUAUGAAUACAAAUGAGAAAUAUUACCCAGAAAUCCUUAAACUUUCGGCUCUUAAGAACGCAACAUCUGUUGAGACGGAGCGAAAAAGAAAUACAGCAUUUUGGUGGAGAAAAACUUUAAAAUGGGAAAUUGUUGAGAAAAUGGAGAAAAUAUGCAAGGAUGUUUAUAAAGAACUUGGCUAUAAAUCCUUUUCAAAUAUACAGGAAUAUAACGACUUGUCAAUACCCAGUGUAGUCAUACCAAAAGAGUAUUUGAUUGUUUGAAGCAAGAGUUUAUUUUAGAAAUAAUGUUUAAUAUAAACGUGUUCUGGUUAAAUAAUGCGCGGUUAUUGUUAAGAUGCGCAGAAUGCCUAGUAUAUUAUUAAUCUCGACGACAGCUUCUGUGAUGAGCGGACGAAUUCGGUGGUGACAGGAAGACAUUUAACACCAAGAGCAGUUGUUCAUUCUGUUUUUAUCAUUUAAACUGUAUAAAUUGAUUAUUGUUUUCUGAAUAGAGUUUUGCUAGAGUAA